AUGGCGGUGCCGGCUCGGACCUGCGGCGCCUCUCGGCUCGGCCCGGCGCGGACUGCGUGCCCCUGGCCCGGCCGCGGUCCCCGGCCCUGCCCUGGCCCCUGGCUCCCGGCGUCCGGGCCCGCGCGCCCGCUGUUGCUGCUGCUGCUGCCGCUGCUGCUUCUACUGCUGCUCGCCGCCCCCGACGCUUCUGCCUACAGCUUCCCCCAGCAGCACACGAUGCAGCACUGGGCCCGCCGCCUAGAGCAGGAGAUUGACGGUGUGAUGCGGAUUUUUGGAGGUGUCCAGCAGCUCCGGGAGAUCUACAAAGAUAACCGGAACCUGUUUGAGGUGCAGGAGAAUGAGCCUCAGAAAUUGGUGGAGAAGGUGGCAGGGGAUAUCGAGAGCCUACUGGACAGGAAGGUGCAGGCCCUAAAGAGACUGGCAGAUGCUGCUGAGAACUUCCAGAAAGCCCACCGCUGGCAGGACAACAUCAAGGAGGAAGACAUCAUGUACUAUGACGCCAAGGCCGAUGCUGAGCUGGAUGAUCCUGAGAAUGAGGAUGUGGAGAGGGCGUCCAAGACCAGCACCCUAAGACUGGACUUCAUCGAGGACCCAAACUUCAAGAACAAGGUCAACUAUUCAUACACAGCUGUGCAGAUCCCCACGGACAUCUACAAAGGCUCCACCGUCAUCCUCAAUGAGCUCAACUGGACAGAGGCCCUGGAGAACGUGUUCAUUGAGAACCGCAGGCAAGACCCCACACUACUGUGGCAGGUCUUUGGCAGUGCCACAGGAGUCACCCGCUACUAUCCAGCUACCCCAUGGCGAGCCCCCAAGAAGAUUGACCUGUAUGACGUCCGAAGGAGACCCUGGUAUAUCCAGGGGGCCUCGUCACCCAAGGACAUGGUCAUCAUCGUGGAUGUGAGUGGCAGCGUGAGUGGCCUGACCCUGAAGCUGAUGAAGACAUCCGUCUGUGAGAUGCUAGACACACUCUCUGACGAUGACUAUGUGAAUGUGGCCUCGUUCAACGAGAAGGCGCAGCCUGUGUCUUGCUUCACACACCUGGUGCAGGCCAAUGUGCGGAACAAAAAGGUGUUCAAGGAAGCUGUACAGGGCAUGGUGGCCAAGGGCACCACAGGCUACAAGGCCGGCUUUGAGUAUGCCUUUGACCAGCUGCAGAAUUCCAAUAUCACUCGGGCCAACUGCAAUAAGAUGAUCAUGAUGUUCACGGAUGGCGGUGAGGACCGCGUGCAAGACGUCUUUGAAAAGUACAAUUGGCCCAAUCGGACGGUACGUGUGUUUACCUUCUCUGUGGGGCAGCAUAACUAUGAUGUCACACCACUACAGUGGAUGGCCUGCACCAACAAAGGUUACUAUUUUGAGAUCCCUUCCAUCGGAGCCAUCCGUAUCAACACGCAGGAAUAUCUAGACGUGUUGGGCAGGCCCAUGGUGCUGGCAGGCAAGGAGGCCAAGCAGGUGCAGUGGACCAACGUAUAUGAGGAUGCACUGGGACUAGGGUUGGUGGUAACAGGGACACUCCCUGUUUUCAACCUGACGCAAGAUGGCCCUGGGGAAAAGAAGAACCAGCUAAUCCUGGGUGUGAUGGGCAUCGAUGUGGCUCUGAAUGACAUCAAGAGGCUGACUCCCAACUACACACUUGGAGCCAACGGCUAUGUGUUCGCCAUUGACCUGAACGGCUACGUGUUGCUGCACCCCAAUCUCAAGCCUCAGACUACUAACUUCCGGGAGCCUGUAACUCUAGACUUCCUGGAUGCAGAGCUGGAGGAUGAGAACAAGGAGGAGAUCCGUCGGAGCAUGAUCGAUGGCAACAAGGGCCACAAGCAGAUUAGAACCUUGGUCAAGUCUCUGGAUGAGAGGUACAUAGAUGAAGUGAUCCGGAACUACACCUGGGUGCCUAUAAGGAGCACCAACUACAGCCUGGGGCUGGUGCUCCCACCCUACAGCACCUUCUACCUCCAAGCCAACCUCAGCGACCAGAUCCUGCAGGUCAAGUUGCCAAUCAGCAAACUGAAGGAUUUUGAGUUCCUGCUCCCCAGCAGCUUUGAGUCUGAAGGACAUGUUUUCAUUGCUCCCAGAGAGUAUUGCAAGGACCUGAAUGCCUCAGACAACAACACUGAGUUCCUGAAAAACUUCAUUGAGCUCAUGGAGAAAGUGACUCCAGACUCCAAGCAGUGCAACAACUUCCUUCUGCACAACCUGAUCUUGGACACAGGCAUCACGCAGCAAUUGGUGGAACGUGUGUGGAGGGACCAGGAUCUCAACACGUACAGCCUGCUGGCCGUGUUCGCUGCCACUGAUGGUGGCAUCACGCGCAUCUUCCCCAACAAGGCAGCUGAGGAUUGGACAGAAAACCCUGAACCCUUCAAUGCCAGCUUCUAUCGCCGCAGCCUAGAUAAUCAUGGUUAUGUCUUCAAGCCCCCACAUCAGGAUGCCCUAUUAAGGCCGUUGGAGCUGGAGAACGACACAGUGGGUGUCCUCGUCAGCACAGCUGUGGAGCUCAGCCUAGGCGGGCGCACACUGAGACCAGCAGUGGUAGGUGUUAAGCUAGACCUAGAGGCUUGGGCUGAGAAGUUCAAGGUACUGGCCAGCAACCGUACCCACCAGGAGCAGCCACAGAAGUGCGGCCCCAGCAGCCACUGUGAGAUGGACUGCGAGGUUAACAAUGAGGACCUACUCUGUGUCCUUAUUGAUGACGGAGGAUUCCUGGUGCUGUCAAACCAGAACCAUCAGUGGGACCAGGUUGGCAGGUUCUUCAGUGAGGUGGAUGCCAACCUGAUGUUGGCACUCUACAACAACUCUUUCUACACCCGCAAGGAGUCCUACGACUAUCAGGCAGCCUGUGCCCCUCAGCCCCCUGGCAACCUGGGUGCUGCACCUCGUGGUGUCUUUGUGCCAACCAUUGCAGACUUCCUUAACUUGGCCUGGUGGACCUCUGCUGCUGCCUGGUCUUUGUUCCAACAGCUUCUCUACGGCCUCAUCUACCACAGCUGGUUCCAAGCGGACCCUGCGGAGGCCGAGGGGAGCCCUGAGACGCGCGAGAGCAGCUGCGUCAUGAAACAGACCCAGUACUACUUCGGCACGGUGAACGCCUCCUACAAUGCCAUCAUCGACUGCGGAAACUGCUCCAGGCUGUUUCACGCACAGAGACUGACCAACACCAACCUUCUCUUCGUGGUGGCCGAGAAACCGCUGUGCAGCCAGUGUGAGGCUGGUCGGCUGCUGCAGAAGGAGACGCACUCGGAUGGCCCGGAGCAGUGUGAGCUGGUGCAGAGACCACGAUACCGAAGAGGCCCGCACAUCUGCUUCGACUACAAUGCGACAGAAGAUACCUCAGACUGUGGCCGUGGAGCCUCCUUCCCGCCAUCGCUGGGCAUCCUGGUCUCCCUGCAGCUUCUUCUCCUCCUCGGCCUGCCGCCCCGGCCGCAGCUUCAAGUCCACACCCUCGCCGCCUCUCACCGCCUCUGA